AUGGCGGACGAGAGCGCAGACGGGGAUUUGGAUCGGAGUGGCCAAGGCUGGGCGGACGAGGACACGUUUUACGCCAUGGAGAGUUUGCAGGCGACGCUGCAGCACCUCGAGGCCGCCCUGAGACAGCGGGACAUCUCGGAGGCCUCGUCCACCGAGUACUGCGACAAGUUCUGUGAGGCUCUUGCACACUACGCCGGGAAUCGGAACUCUAUAGAGCACGGACUCUCACUGCUGAAUGUCUACUCUCUGUCCAUCAACUGCUUUGCGUCAGCGAGGCCACACCUGACUGCCUGUUCAUCCAGCGUGGCCCUCGUGCUGAAGAGACUUGCGCUGAGCUGCUUUGAAUUGCUUCUGUCCGUACCUCAGAAUGAGAUCCCAAUAGAAGCUUGGCUGCAGUUUCACGGCUCUGUUCAGGCGGCGCAUGAAGCUAUGCUGGAGUACGGGAGCAUAGACUUACAGGCGCUGGUACAGAUCACUGGAGAGGGCGGGGCAUGGAGUAACCCCGCCCUCAUCGCCCUUCUCACUGAACAGCCCACAGAAGAGGAUGAAUUAAAUUCCUACCUGGGUCUGGAGGGAGGGGACUUUUUGGAGAUGAGGAUCAAGCACCUGGAGAAAGUAGGAGAGGUUGAGAAGGCUCUGAUCCUCACUAAAGCCUGUGCCAACUGCAUCUUGUUGCCCAAUCAUGCAACCUUCCGCCAAACGUAUGUCACACGGCUGUGUCAGCAACUGCCCAGUGAGGAGGCCAUUCUAGAGAUUUCCAGAUUGGAUGGCAAGGAUGUUUUGGAAAUCAUUUGCAAUAUGGAGACGGACGGUGGUGAGAACACAGCCUUCAUUCUUUGUACCACCUACUUGACACAGCAGCUGCAGAAAGGAAACCUUUACUGCUGCUGGGAGUUGACGCUGUUUUGGAGUAAGCUGCACAGGAGGCUUGAUGGUUCUUCGGAAUCGUUCCUAGAACGCUGCCUCCAGUUUGGAGCUAUUGCAAAGACUGCGUGCCAUCUGCUAUAUCUUAUUCGAGUAAUUCAGGCAGAGGUAAUGCACCAUGGUUUGGCAGUAUCUGUUGAGCUUUGUGUGAAAGCCCUUCAGCUUCCAAGGCAAGAGUAUCCAGAAACCAAAACUAGUGUCUGCAAAACUGUGGCUUCUCUCCUCCAGGGUGAUUUGGAGGUGCUGCGGGCAUGCCAGCUCACAGAAUUCUUUUUAAGCCCAUCUCCAGAGGUGUUUGUGGGCCUUGAGGAUCUUUACAAGCGUCCAGAUCAGAGGUAUGACGAGGAGAAUGAUGUAAUCCCUAAUUCACUACGCUGCGAACUACUGCUUGCACUCAAAGCCCUUUGGCCGUGUGACCCGGAGUUCUGGGACUGGAAGACUUUAAAGCACUACUGUAUGAAGCUGCUUGGGCUGGAACCUGAUGAAGAAGACAGCCCUGUGCUGGAACAUGCCCAUGAUGUGCUGACUGGGUUGAACAGAGAGGAGGAACAUUGUGUUGAAGAAGAAAAGCAUGAGGAUGAAAGGUGCAGCAGUUCUGAUGAGAAAGAUGAGGGGAUGUUGCAGCGAAAAAGCUCAAAAGUGCUUCUUUGGACUUCGGAAAGAUCCAAAAGAUGGCUUCAGUACAAAGUUCGUUGUGAGAUGUGCCAGAAGGAGGUGAUUGAGUCACGGUUGUGUCAUCAUGCAAGAAAGCACGUGGAGAAUGGCGUGUGGACGUGUCCCAUAUGCCUGCGAAAAUGCGCAAACAAAGAUGAGUUUGUGCCACAUUCUAGAGCACACCUCCAAAUGCCUGCGUACCAUCUGAAACGGAAGAAAGUUAAAAAUAAGAUAAGUGAACAAAAGCUGGAAACUGGUGAAUAUGACUUGGAACCUGGUGAGAUACACUUGGACCCAUCCUCUGGUGUGUUAGAGCAUGUCAUGGAGCCAACUGCCAUUGUGCCUAAUAAUGAUGUGGAAGCAGAUGAUGAUUACAUCACAUUUGAUUACAUCAGUACUCACUAUAAGUUACAAGAUCGUGAGGUUUAUGUAUGCCCUGCCACUGACUGUUCGAAAAAUUUCAAACUUUUCAAGUACCUGGGCGUUCACUUGAGGAAUGAUCACGAUGACGCAGACCCAAAUGUCAGGCAUUACAUUGAGAUGAGCAAUCGUCGAGAGAAGUGCACAUUCUGUCGGCGGACGUUUAUAACGGCCUAUCACAACCAGAAGCACCGGCGCAUACAUUACGGAGAUUGUCCUUACACGUGCGUAGUUGCAGGUUGCAAUGCUCGCUUUGAAUCAAUCAACAAACUCAUCAUGCACAAGCACAAACAUAGCUUUCGGCUGUCCUACCACUGCGAACUGAAUGGUUGUAGCCUUUCCUUCUGUGACCUGGGUCAACUGUACCACCAUGAGGCUCAGCAUUUCCGAGAUGCCGCGUACACCUGCACCAGCCCAGGCUGCAAGAAGUUUUACUACUCCCGUCAGGAAUUUCUGAACCACAUAAGCACCCAUGGUAUCACCUUCACAGAAAAGGACUUUGAAGCCCAGAGGAAAGCCAGAAGGAAACUUUUGCUGUCUGUUAUAAAGGAGGAGGACUGCUCAAAAGUAUCCUUUGGAUCAGAAGGGGAAUGUUUAAAUGGUGAACAAUCAAACCUGUCAUCAUCACAGCACUUGGAAAGCAAAGACUCCAAGGGUUUAGUGACUUGUGUAGCUGUAUGUUUUGAUGGUAAAAAAUUUACAUGUGGCUUCGAAAAAUGUGGAAGGACAUUCAGCAAAGCCAGAGAGAUCCAAAAGCACUUGAAAAUUGUCCAUCCUGGCCAGUUUCAAAAAGAAAAUAUAGUAUGCAAAACAAUGGAAAAUGAAAAGCACUCAAAGGCUAAGCCUGUCAAAGAGUAUAAUGGUCAAGAACAGACAACAGAUUCUGCACUGUGUGAUCAAACGCCUUCAGCACAUAGUAGUCAUGUAUGUCACACUGAACUGGCUGGUGCAUUGGCUGAAAUUGUGCUUGGACUUGAUCAGCUGAGUCUUGAUUCUACCACACCUAGAAAUAUAAAUCGUAGUUCACAUGCUUCAGGAUCUAAAGUGCUACAGAUGACCUGUCCUAAAACUGUGAAUGCUAUAUCGCAAACCAAAGGAACAGCAAGCAACGUUGAGUUUCCCCAAGCAGCCGCCGAUGUGGUAAGACAGCGGUUAAGGUGUCCACCACCUCACAAGGCAGAAUCGCCACCCACGUCGGUUAAGAAUCCCUCUUUUAACGGCAAUAAACCGGAAAACAACCUGCACAUAAACAAACCUUUUACUUGUGAAGUUGAAGGCUGCUUCUACAAAAGUGUUACUAGCCAUGCACUGAUGCAGCACUAUAUCAAAAAGCACGACUACACCGAUGAGAAGGUGAAACAGAUGGACAUUUUUAACCCACUCAAGUUCAAGCCUUUUAAGUGCCACCUUUGCUCUAGGGAUUACAAAGAAAAGAAAGAGUUGAAGGCCCAUUUGCUGCAGAAACAUAGUCUGAGCAAAGAUGUGGCAGAACAAGUUAUCUGCUCUUUUGCUAGGAAGGUGGAUGAUUCUCUGCCUUUUGCUCUAAAAACACUGGAGGUUCAAACUGACACAAAGGACAUGCCUACUGGAAAGAACAGCCUUGUGAAUGGAGACCAUUGUGUAUGGAAGGGCACCACUGAGACAAAUAAUGGCGCAAUUAUGUCUGAACACAAGAGUUUGAGGGGUAACAACAUUUCAUCACAAAAAGCAACCGCUGAGGCUAAACCAGACAUAGGUGGAGCCUCACCGAACCGGAGGGUUAGUAAACGUUUGAUGACAAAAGUAAAACCAGAAGAAGACAAACCCUAUUUGUGUCUACAUAAGGGCUGUGGUGCUGGCUAUACAAAGAAGUUCAGCCUUCUGCACCAUCUACAAGUUGUACAUUACCACCGCUCCAAUCUUUGCUGGCAAAAGACUUUCCCUUGUAAGCAUGAUGGGUGUAAUAAGCGGUUUAAUCACGUAUCCAGUCUGAACAGACAUUACCGCAAACGCCACCCAGUACCCGAGGAUCCCAUUCCGAGAUUCAAGUGUACCUAUCCCAAGUGCAAUGCAACCUACCACCUGAAGAGCAGCCUUAUACGCCACACCAAUCAAAUGCACCAGAAUCAGACUCCAUUGAAGUCCACGACUCCAUCUUCUGUCUGCAAGUUUAAAGAUGUCUACAGGCGCUCUGACAACUCCGGUCCCCUUGUGGUGCGUCUACAAAGUACACACAAGAGAGAAAGAUCCAACAGUGGCUGCCAAAAAAAACUGAUCAUCACAUCCAGUACUCAGUCUCUGAAAGUUUCCAAAAGGCCACCUUCAAAAUACUCCCCUAAAGCUGAAGAGAAUGGUGAACACACUGAAGAAACCGCAGAGGAGGAACCAGAUGUCAAAUGUGUAAAACCAAAGACAACAAAGGCAGGGUUUGCAUACCGAACACAUGAGGAGGCUUUGCAGAUGUGCCAAGACCGCUGUUUAUCAGAGGCUUAUCCAUGCAUGGUACAGAGCUGCAAUUCUGUGGUGUCUAGCAAGCGGAGCCUGCACCGGCAUUACUUAAAGUGUCACAAAAUGCUCCAUGCCAAGCUGAGCAAAAAUAAAGACACAUUAUUUUAUACUGCUGAGCAACUAGAAGAACUGAUACAAAAGAAAUCUACGGUGUCUGCUUUGCCAGAUUCAGACAGGGCUCCUAACGGGGUCCUCAAAAUGGAGUAUCAAGCCAAGAACUCUGGGGCGCCACAUCAUCCCAUGAGCCUCCAUUCUAUCAAAACCGAACAAGUGAAUCAAGAGGCAUCUCCCUCAAGGGAUCCACCUCCAGAUUGCAGCAUAAUUAUCGGUGCAGAUGAUGUGCUUUACGGGGAGUCUAAUGGCCAUGCGGAGAAGCUUGUUGACGGCGAGAGCCAAACUCAGGAGGAGCGAACAAAAACAGAGUCCCCAGCCCCUCCUCUUGUGCCCCCUCCACCUCUUGACCUUUCUCCACCAUCUACCCUCAGAAUAAAUGUCACCAAUGCUUCCCUGGAUUCUUUAAACAGAGAGAGCAAGGCUGUUAGUGUUCCUGCUACCAUCUAUAUACACACAAAUUCUUCUUUGACACGUCAUCCUCUGAGGGGAAAAAAUUCCGAACUCACUGAGCCGUUGCCUUCCGCACCUCAUCCACUGUCUCAAAAAGAUGGCAUAGUACCCAGUCUAGCUCAAAGACCAUUUGACAUGGCGGCUUAUAAGCCAUUGGGGUUCGAGUCCUCCUUUUUGAAAUUCAUACAGGAGAAGGAAGAGAACUCUCAGUUCGACCCCCUGCGGACGGUGGCAGUCUUGAACCCCUGCUAUAAAUCCGAUGCCCCUUGCCGACACGGUUCCUUUCGGCACAGCUAUUCCGUCAAGGAGAACAACUUGAGACGAUCCAGUAUCAGUCACACUCGGAUGUCGCACUUGUCCCCCCUCAAGUCCUUGCUUUCCACAGAAGAAUGUAGUUCUAUCCAAAACCUGCGUUUUAUCUUGGAAAGAGCCUUAAUGGGCUGUGGUGACCAGGCGAUAAAGCAGCUUCAGUUCCUCAAACCUGUGGUAGUCCUGGAAAGACCCAAGUCAUCUGCUCCCCUGCUUGAUCUUCUGCCCUCUGAAACACAAGCAUAAACUGUUCAAACUGCUACUUAGGACUGUGUAGAGAUUUCACCUCAUGUUUUUGUUUCCUUUUUGUUUUUGGUGAUCCAAAAUACUUCCACCAGUAUUUUUUCAGUAUCAUUAUUACAACUUGGUUAUUUGCCAAAACUGCCAAGGUGAUGUACCUUGAUUUGCUUACCAGUCACAUGUUUAUAUGUGUCAGAAAGAGCAAAUAAAAAAAAAAAAACCUGGGAAUUAAA